UUAAUACUUACUAAACAAUUAAAUCUGAUACUUGCAGGAAAAGAAAUGGAGAAUCAUCUUCACUUUUUGUGCACCAGGCAUCUGAUGCUCAUCUGUUACUUCUCCAUCAUUGAAUUCAAGAAGAUGAUGUUGAGAAACUUGUCUGGAAAUCGUUAUCUGCAUUGUUCACCACCUUAUCAUUCACAGUGGAUCCAGCAACACUCGCAUAAUAUCUAUAUUUAUAUAUAUUCUGUCAUCACCAUGAUCCCCCAGCUUUGCUCAUUGCAAUCCUUCAACGUCCUUGUUCGGCACAAGGCAGAUAAAUUGCUGUAAAGUUCUACAGAUUUUUUUGCUAAUUUUUUCCUCAUUUGAUUCGAAGCUAUAGUGUUAUAUAUACCAACGUCAACCUCACUAACUGGUGGAGAAUCUGCAAACAGGAUUUCGAAGUUUUAUAUAAAGAGCCUUUUGUCGAACAGGUGGACUGCAUAGCUCAAAAUGGCAUUAACAGAGUCAGAUGGCUCACUUGAACUGAGCUGCAAUGCGGAAGAUGGAGUUUCUAGUGAGAAACAAGAAGAAAUGUCAUCUCCUGGUAGCAACAGGGGUGGCUGGGUUACUUUUCCCUUCAUGGCCGGGACAUUAAUGGGUUUAACAAUUGCAAUGGGUGGGUGGGCCACAAGCUUGGUUGUGUAUAUGAUAGAGAAAUUCAAUGUGAAGAGCAUCAAUGCUACUCAGAUCUAUAACAUUAUUGCUGCUUCCACAAGUCUAUUUCCAGUUAUAGUAGCAAUUAUUUCAGAUUCCUUUGUAGAAUGCUACUCUUUCAUCUGGGCGUCUGCUCUUGUUUCUACUCUGGGCAUUACCCUUUUAGCCUUAACUGCUAUACUUGAUCCCCUGAGGCCUCAGUCUUGUGAAAAUGGAUCAAACUUUUGCCCAACUCCAUCAAAGCUUCAAUUCGGAGUCUUAUUCUCUGGCAUAGCUCUAGCAUCAAUUGGACUUGCAGGCUCACGCUUUACAAUCGCAACUAUGGGGGCUAAUCAAUUUGACCAUGCUACGGAUCAAGGGAUUUUUUUCAACUGGUUUGCGAUCACCUUGUAUGGCUCUAUUGUAUUAGGUGGCACAAUUCUUGUUUAUAUUGAGGAAAAUGUGAGUUGGCCGCUAGGAUAUUCCCUAUGUAUAUUUGUUAACAUAAUUGGCUUAGCCAUUUUCUUGUCGGGAAGUCGUUAUUAUCGACCUGUUAAGCCUCAGGGGAGCCCAUUUAAAAGCAUAGCUCGUGUGUUAAUUGCAACUAUUCGCAAGUGGAAAGUUUCAAUAUCAUCAAGUGAAGACUACUAUCAUGAGAAAAAUAGUCAGGAAGUAGAGAAGUUGGCUUCAGUUCCUACAAAAAGCUUCAGGUUCCUAAACCAUGCUGCAGUUUGUAUCGAAGGAGAUACCAAACCAGAUGGCUCGGUUGCAAAAAUAUGGAGGUUGUGUUCAGUGCAGCAAGUUGAAGACCUUAAAACCAUAUUGAGAAUUUUCCCAGUGAUCUCAAGCAAUUUCUUAUUAUGCACGGCAGUACCAACCCUAGGUACCUUGACGGUCCUCCAGGCACUAACAGUGGAUCGUCACCUCGGACCACAUUUCAAAUUCCCAGCAGGCUCCAUGUUUGUCGUCAUACUAACCUCGACUUCCAUCUCAAUCACUCUUAUUGACCGGUUCUUUUAUCCUAUGUGGAAGAAGAUGACACAUCAAACACUGAGGCCUCUUCAGCGCAUAGCUCUCGGCCAUAUGUUCAACAUGACAGGAAUGGGUGUUGCAGCGCUAGUCGAGUCCAAAAGGCACAAAGUAGCUCGAUCCCAUGGUAUAGUUCACCAGCCCGGUUCCUCUGUUCCGAUGCUGGUGUUGUGGCUGAUGCCACAGUUGCUUGUUGUUGGCAUAGGAGAGGCAUUCCAUUUUCCUGGACAAGUUACAUUUUACUAUCAACAGUUCCCAAAAUCUCUGAAAAGCACAUCUACAGCAAUGGUUUCAUUGGUUGUGGGAAUUGCAUACUUGUUGAGCACCGUGGUGAUUGACCUAGUUCGAAGAAUUACUGUCUGGUUACCGGAUAAUAUUAACAACGGUAAGCUAGACAAUGUCUACUGGUUGUUCGCCACGAUAGAAAUGGUGAACUUCGGUUAUUUUCUAAUUUGUGCCAAGUGUUAUAGUUACCAAAAUAUGGAGAAGUAGGAGAUUGAUGAUCGUUUUGGCCUCAAAUAAUUGAAUCCGAACAGGUGAUAAGGUCACCGAUGAACCAAAGA